AGCGCGAGAGACAGGAGCGUAAGCUUGUCCGCGAUCGUUUGUCCGCGUUCGACAGGUCUUUCAAAUAGCGUGCGUGUAAUCGGUGGACGGUAGAGCGUAGGGAUAUAAAUUGUAUUCGUAUAACCAGUUUCGAAAUAAAAGUUUGUUGGAAGGCCUGGGGAGCGAAAGGACUGCGGAGGGGACUGCAGUUAAUACGGGGCUUGUGUGUGGGCAUAUAAUAGCCGAUCGGGCAUACUGGUGACACGGCUGCGGAUUUUUCCUUCGGCAAGAAGGAAGGAACAUACGAAGCUCGCAAAGUGCAUGUGCUAGUGUGCGUGUCACUAUAAAAGAGUUCAGAGCCGCUUCGGCGGCGCUCCCAAAUCUAACUGCAGAAUUGAGUCUGUGGUGGUGAGGCCGCGGUACUAUCGGGCCACGAUUGAGUACGAUCACGAUCGCACGCGGCAGGGCCGUUUGUAAUGGAGGAGGUUUCCGAGUGUAUUCCCGUGCGACAGAACAGUCACGGCGAUGCACGCCGUAUUGACUGAGACGCGAUAUUUAUCGUUGACUAUUCCCCCCGGCCGGCCGGGCAAGAGAGGCAGGUCGAAAUUGGUAUGGAAUCGUCCAGGGUCCUCGACACGACGAACACUCGCUCCCGUCUGUGAUAACCACUAGCCGCUUAGAAAGAGAUAGAAGAAGGGAGAAAAAGGAAAGAAAGAGAGAUAGAAAGCUGUUGUGUAUUUUGCGCGUGUGUGUUCUCCUCGUCUGCCCUCUUCAUUACGUCUUUAAGUGUAAACAUUUCUCGAAAUCCGUUUCGAGGUUAGGAUAGCAUGGGGAUUGAUCCCCUGAAGGCAUCGACCGACGAACCGUGACACCUGCGACUCGCGUCGUGUACGCGGUGUGUGCUUUUGUGUGUGCGUGCGUGUGUGUAUUCCUCCUUAGGAAACCGCUGGGAGUUAUUAUUUUCCAUCGGCGGCCAUCCAACGGGACGACCAAAGAAGAAAAUAUGUCAAGAAUGGGGAUCGAUCCCCGACGAUUAAACGCCGUGCAUCGUUUACAUAAUUAAUUCGACUAAUACAAGACUAACAUCGGCAACGUUUUUUUUUUUACCGUACAAUCGACCUUUUCUGUCACGUUUAAACAGACUGUCGCAGAUUACUCUGCCACGACAGAGGACACUCGCACCAUGCAGAAAAGAGACGGUAGAGACACACAGCUACAGCUCGCGCGUAGCUCUGAACGCGAACAGGAAACGACCAAGAGGAUCUCUCGUGGUAGCGGUAAUGCUACCAGAUUCAACGCGUAUUCCUCAAGGUAUAGUGUCACCUCCUCCUCUAAUGUACUCAUGGUCGGUCCCAACUUCCGUGUCGGCAAGAAAAUUGGAUCUGGCAACUUUGGAGAACUUCGACUCGGGAAGAACCUCUACAAUAACGAGCAUGUAGCGAUUAAAUUGGAACCAAUGAGGUCAAAGGCGCCGCAGCUACAUUUAGAAUAUAGGUUUUACAAAUUAUUAGGUACACAUGAGGGUAUACCAGAAGUAUACUACUUCGGUCCUUGUGGGAAGUACAACGCUCUGGUAAUGGAACUUCUCGGACCGAGUCUAGAGGACCUAUUCGACCUCUGCGGUAGGAGGUUUACCCUAAAGACCGUUCUCAAAAUCGCCACACAGAUCCUUCAUAGGAUAGAAUACGUUCAUAGUCGGCAUUUGAUCUACCGUGAUAUCAAGCCGGAAAACUUCCUGAUAGGACGAUGCACAACCAAACGGGAAAAGAUUAUCCACAUCAUCGAUUUCGGACUGGCCAAAGAGUACAUAGAUCUGGAGACGAACAAACACAUACCGUACCGGGAACACAAGAGUCUGACGGGCACAGCGCGUUAUAUGAGCAUCAACACGCAUCUUGGAAAAGAGCAGAGUAGAAGAGACGACCUAGAAGCGUUAGGGAACAUGCUGAUGUACUUCCUGCGCGGUAGCCUUCCGUGGCAAGGGCUGAAAGCGGACACGUUGAAAGAACGAUAUCAAAAGAUCGGCGAUACGAAGCGGAACACGCCGAUCGAGGUUCUCUGCGAUGGACAUCCCGAGGAAAUGGCUACGUACUUGCGGUAUGUGCGUAGAUUGGAUUUCUUCGAGACGCCCGACUACGAGUACCUGAGAAACCUUUUCCACGACCUGUAUGAGAAACGAGGUUUUGUCGACGACGGAGAAUUCGACUGGACUGGCAAGACGAUGCCACACAACUUCGAUCAACUUAGAGCUCUGAGGACGGCUCCUCCCUCUCACAUUGGAAAGACUAAAUCUGAUAAGUCCACACCUGUUGGAUCCCUGCAGACUGGACAAGAGAUUAUUGUAUCUCCGAAUCGUGAUCGGCACCCGUACAAGGAUGUGACAGAGCCAGGGGUGGGAGGCGGGGGCGGUAAAUGGGUGGGAACCUCGAGGACAGAUACUGCGAAGCAAUCAGGAGCUGGUGGUACAUUGACACCCGCUGAUAGGCACGGUUCUGUACAGGUGGUGUCCUCGACGAAUGGAGAACUAGCCAAUGAUGAUCCUACUGCAGGACAUUCUAAUACGCCAAUCACAGCACCUCAAGAAGUGGACAUGGUCGACGAAACCAAUGUUUGGUUUAUUUGCAGAUGCUGUUGUUUCUUCAAGCGGAAGAAGAAGAAAAGUGGAAGACAAAAGUGACUGUCUGUUAUCGUCAGUCUUGGGGGGGACAAUACAGUGCGCGUGUAACAGAAGUGCAGAUAAAGUUUUUUUUUGGGAAACGUGUUGCGGCAGUGCGCGAAGAAACCCGUGGACAAGAAAAAGCUGCAGUUGAUCCGGAAUGAGGGAGGCCGUUACCUUGCUACAUGCCGGAAGUCGACCCGCUUCUCAAGAUUCGGUGCUGCACACCAUCGUCACGAUGUCAUGCCGCCGUUGUUAUCAAAUUAAAACCACCACACAGCCAUCAUUAUUACUGCUAUUAUUAUUGCUAUUAUUAUCGUUAUUAUUACCACGAUUAACUUUGCUCUUCUUCUUUUCGUUCUUACAAUUAUUAUUACGAUUAUUAUUAAUAUUAUAUUAUUAUUAUAUUAUUUUAUUAUUUUAUUAUUAUUAUCGUUUAGCUGAUUAUUAUUGUCACUUCGUCUACGAUCAUCGUUUAAAACGAAUCAAACAUCGUUUAUUAAUGUCGAUGUUACCGAAUACACUGUAAACUUGUCACUGCUGACUGAGGAUAAUUUUAACCGUCGAUCCCAACCGUUUAGUACUGGUAAAUCGCUCCACCUACGUUACUAUACGCGUAUAACAGUAAGGAAUUGACGUGCCGAUGGUGAAAGAACGCGUUUUGUGCCUACGACUCCUUCAUCUUGUACCGCGGUGGCGCACUUUUCAACACGCCGUCAUUGCAAAAAUGUGUUACGAUACGUGUAUUAAAUCGUAAAAAAAAAAAAAAAAUUGAAGCUGAGAUCUCAUUUUACUCAAAGUCCCGGAUAACGAGCGUAGCGUACUCCUGCUUGUAUCGAACUUUAUAAACAAAUUACUUGUGAAGUCUGAUCGACUGGAAAGGCAUGAAACUGAAAAGGUAAACGCGUUCGCGUAUGCUUAACUCCGAUCAGUUACGAGCACGUUCAGUAGGACAACGUUUUUCAAGUUCGUGAUCGUUUCAGUUAACUUUUUCUUAUUUUCCCUUCAACGAUCACGAGAAGCAGACGAUCGAGUAGGAUUGAAAUUCACGUAUCAUUUUCGCGCGUAUCUUUCGAUUUCAUCGUUUCACAUUCGAAUCUUCCGAACGUUUUGUCUUUUCGCCGGCGCUGAGAGUUUGACAAGUAGUUUCUUGUUUAAUGGAAGAUUAUAUCCUUUUAAGUUCAUCUUGUACGGUACACGAGGUAUAACAGUAUUAACGCUAUCUGUAGGUAGCAACGGAUACGUGCUAAAUUGCACUCACCGUAUUUUAGUUAACAAUUUUUAACUAAUUUUAUUUUACGCCUACACUGCCUGUCGUUAUUCUAUAUAAGUACACGAUUAUACGUGAAAACAUUACACUGACUGUACAUAAAAUAUAUCGAGAACUAUUUUGCUACGGAGCUGCAUAUGCUUUAUAUCGAUUGUUUUAGUUAGUCGCAUAUCGUUUACCGAGCUUCGUAUAACAAAGUGAUUGUUCAAAUUAUCAAUAUAUAUCCUGGAAAUGGAGCGAUAUAAAAGUGAUCGUAAUUCUAAGCAGUUCGAUUUCGGUUUCAUGCCUUCCGCGAAUUUAUCACGUAAAAGCUAUACGUCGCAGAAAUCAUUCAAAUUACAUUUUACAUAACAUAUCGAAACACAAAGAAAAGAGAAAUUACAAAUUUUCCUCUGUAGAUUCUAAUAUCUACCGUGAAAAUUGAAUAGGACGUAGAUCAACAAAUUAUACACAUGUAUUCGACACAGUUGAUCCGUGUUCUACCCAAAACACGAAGAUUCGGGAAACUUUCUUGAAUCGUAUCUUAGCGUCUAUAAAAGGACUCGUUCAUUUCGGAGUAAUUUUUUUAUUCUUGAAACACACGUGUUUAAACAAAGAUAAUUAUUAGAAAUGUAACAAAAAAAAGAGAACCAAAGUAUGCUUGUAAUUGAAUAUACAUCAAUAUAGGUUUGAUUUUAAAGCAAUAAAAAUACAAACUUUUACCGUCUCUGUUUAACUCUACAAAAGAAAAUAAAACAGAAUUUCCUUGGAACGAAUCGUUGUCUGCUAGAUCAACGCGAACACAACUGGAUUUAAAACCAAAAGAAAAUAGAGAGAGAGGGAGAGAGAGAGAGGGGGGGGAGGGAGAGAGAGAGAGAGAGAGAGGGAGAGAGAGAGACAGAAAAAGGAAUAUAAAACUGUACGUGACAUAGUUAUACAGUACUGUGCACUUACUUUGUGGAAAACUUUCUCGAGAGCUUAUUUAAUAUGUUUGUGCCACGAAGUUACGAGAAGAAGAGCGUUACGAUGUGAUAUAUGCAAAUUCCCGUGGAUGUUCUGAAAAUGCACCCAAGCAGUGAAGAGAUUACUUAACGUGAAAAUAUGCGCGCGAUGGCGAAGGGGAAAAGGAUCUUGUCAGCCUUGCCGAUUAAACGAGCAAGUAAGAACAUUUGAUGUGUUGAUAGUACCGGUUGUUUUGUUACAAAUUUUCAACAUCGUUAAGUACGUCGUUGAAGGAAAUUAUACGUUUCUAACGAAUUUAUUCGUUUUACUCGAGCAGACCAUAUUAUGAAUUGAGAAACUUGUAUUGUUCGUUUAUUUGCAGGCUGAUUAAUAAUAAAAAAUUGAAUUACUUCUUGGUCUCGAGUUUUCUGUAUAUCUUGAUAUUAAAUUUUCCUGGAGGAUUCCCUGACGAUACAUGUUACGACAUACGGGACGUAGAUAUUAAGAUAAUAAAAUCCUUUUUGAGAAGUUAUAAAAUUCUCGAAAAGUAUGUACCGUGGUCGCGGAAAAAUAUGUCCUUUUAUUUUUUACUAAUUGUUUGUAUGACAAAGUGGAGUUAUACAAAGAAGUUAUAUAAGAAGCGAUAGAUUUUCUAAAAAUAUUAUUAUCUAUAAAUAUUCCCAAUAACUUAGUAUUACUUCAUAGAUGUACAAAAGAUUGCUAUUUGAAAGUAAACACAUGUAUCGUUAUAAGUAUAGUAGUAAAGGCAGAAGCAAAUACACCAUUUAACUGAUAAAGGCAAUAAUGAUAGUGAAAAAUGAAACUAUUGCUGUAAUGUCAUUACAUCCCGUUAGAUAAUUGUUGACUGAUAAAGAAAGUAAAGAAAGGGCAGAUUAGAUGUCUUUGUGACGUGUCUUUUCCAUAAUUUUCUUCCACAGUAAAAUCUUGUCUAUUCGGGCAGUACUUCGCCAAAUGAAUUUGUAACAAAACGCAAUCGAUUGAUCAACUAGAGAGAAUUGUUAAACAACAUCGACAGUUGUUUAAUCGGCUGACUAGCAAAGAUGUUUUUCUUCUUACAGGAAUAUUUUAAGAGGCGAUGUAAUCGACAGACUGUCACUUGUCUGCGCGUGAAGACGGCGAGUACUAACUUUACCGUGUCUGAAGGUCCGAACUUCUACUAGUCUGGCCAACGAUUGCGUACCACUGCCGAGCCAUACCGAUGUACCGUGUUAGCGUACCGUGAGUGCCCGUACACGUUGUAUCCAUUAAUUAUUGGCCAAGCACAUCCGACGACGAAACGUUCGAUGUACUUAGAACGAAAGCGAGAGCGCAGUGCACUAGAGAGAGAGAGAGAGAGAGAGAGAGAGAGAAAGAUUGCAAACUAAAGGAAAGGAGAGAAUGUAUCACGAUUUAUGUAAAAACGAAAAAACAAAAAAAAAAAAAAGAGAAACUAACAAAGAAACGUUAUGUCGCUAGCUUCUUCACACCUGUAUGUAUUACGCUGUUAUUGGCCGUCGGAUGUCUUGAAGUAAUACGCUUAAAUGGAGAUGAGAACUAAACCUAUUAACUUUGUGGAUUUCCUUUCUCGUUAUUAUCUGUAUCUUCCCACUGAGUAUGUACCGAGAAUAUUGUUCCUUUUAUAAGCUUGCCAGCGCAAGUAAAUGUCGAACAAUCGGACGGUAGAUUUGUAUACAGCGAAAGAGUGCGAAUGCAAAUGCUACGACGGAAGAGAGGAGAGAAUGAGCGCGGUAAUGUAAGACCUAGAGAAAACAUAGAAAAGAGGUAUCGAUUGGCGGAGUGAAAGAGAACAAAUUCAGAGUACCAGAGUGAUGGAAAGACAAAGAGAAGAGGAAGGAGAUCCCGUUGUCCUCCAGUGUGUAUGCUUUCAUGUGGAAAGAGAACGAAUCUUCGUGUUACUCGAAUGCUUAAGAAGCUAAUGCCUCUUACGUUUUCUUACUUUUUCGUUACUAGUAUCGUUUGUAAGCAUGAUCUCUCGAUGGAACAUAUACGACACAAACAUACACAUACAAACAUAUGCACACACACCAAAUUUCGCGAUUAGGGUAUAUAUUAGUAAUGAAUUCCAAAAUUAAGGAACGGAGUUAUCUCCGUGAGAGGAGAGAGGAAGGGAGCACACGCAAGAGAAUGAAAGUGAGAACGUGUGAAAGAAAGAAAGAAAGAAAGAAAACUGCGCGAGUGAAUCUUGUGGAAACGAGAGAGUCUCCGUAUUUAUAUCGCUAUCCAGCCACAUAUCGUUGGCGUGAUUAUGCUGCAACUAUGUUGCAAUUUAGCUUGUAGUCUUUUUUUUAGUCGAUUUUUCAUGUGUCACCAGUUUUUAAAUACAACACGACUGACUGCUGGUUAAGUAUGGUUGUGAGCGAUUAAGAAAAUGUUUCCUUAUCUUAUUCGGGAUGUAUGUCCCCUUUUCUUAACGAUAUUUUUGUUUUCUUAUUCAUUCUUGUACUUCGUAUAGAAAAGGUUGUUAUGCUCGUCCCAAUGACGAAUUCGAUCGUCCAUUACUAAUGAUAGAACAAUGAUUGAGUUUGAAAACGAUUAUUUGUAUAUUUGUAAAAUGGUGCGAAUAGAUCGGACCGAGAUCAAUGUA